AUUGGAUCUGAGAUCUUUAGUGUAUUGGAAGUGCUGACAGACUUCAGUAUUUUGGAGUCUGUCAAAAGGUCUGUUCAGGUAAGGGUUUAAUCCUGACAUUGCGCCUGAAACGAAUCCUCCUUCAGAAGACAGCGUAUCUGUGACUUUAGGAGUGAAAUGAGCCCAACCGACGCUAAACGAGGAGCCAAGCGCAGAAAAAGCAAGCGGGGCGGUGGCAGCGGUAGCAUCAUCGGCAGCAGUGUUAGCAGCUAUAGCGGCAAGGCCGGGGUUCCAGCCACGGUCAGAAGUCCCCAAGCCACAGGAACACCAGAGUCCAUAAUGGGUUUAUUAACAACUGGAAGCGGUAACACAGGAAGCAUCGCAGGCCUGAAUGGAGAGGUUUCGAUGAAUGGUACACAGUUUUCUGAAGGGCCAGUGAAUUCUGACUUCACUGGAGUCCUACAGACCCCGUUCACCUUCGGGAUGGGUCAGAGGGCGCCCUACACCACAGGGGAGCGCUGUCUGCUGUGCAGGAGGGAGAGGAAAGACAGCUCGUACCCUGAGCCGGGGUCGAUGGCGCCUUGCGCCUCUUCAAAGAGCUCUGCCGCGCUGGCACUGCCCCUGUGGGUGUGUCCCGAAUGCCGACGCACUGUGGAGACGGAGGAGCGACACCCCGCCCCCGAGCCUUCGCUGGGGAACCAGGACUUCCUGUCGCACGUUUCCAUGGCGAACGGAGAACCGUCGAGGGAGUCUGCGAGAGAAGCACAGUCUGCCCCCGCCCUGAGCCGGACCCCGCCCCCUCUCGCCGUGGACACGCUGUGCGGCUGUGACGUCUGCAGUGAGCAGAGGGAAAGCUCGGCGGAGCUGGAGAGGGAAUCCCGGGAGAUGCAGAAGUCCUGGUCGGAAGUGCGCUUCAUGGUCCGGUACAUUUACCGGCAAACGGGAACGCCGCUGGCAGACGACCAGGACCAGCCUCAGGAUCGGGACAAAGAGGGAGUGAAGGGGCUGGUGGACAGGCUCUGUCAGAGGGACCCGUACCAGCUGUAUCAGAGGCUGGAGCAGCAGGCACGGGAGUACGUGCUGGAGGUGAAGGUGCGCCUCCUCAAACACCUGUCGGCGGGGUCAAAGGUCACGGCGCUGGAGGAAGGGCCUCCCCAGGCGCACCAGUUCAUCUCGCUCCUCCUGGAGGAGUACAGCGCUCUCUGCCAGGCUUCCCGCACAAUCAGCUCCUUCCUCCUCACCCUGGAAAACGAGCAUUUGAAGAAGUUCCAGGUGACAUGGGAACUGCACAACAAGCACCUUUUUGAAAAUCUUGUAUUUUCAGAACCUCUUUUGCACAACAGUUUACCAUCUCUGGUUGCACAACUAAGGCAUGGGACAGCCUCCCGUGACUCUUACAGUGAGGAUAUGUACAGCACGCUGCUGCAGACCUACCAGGAUCUGGACAGGGAGAUGAACAUUGUAGCAGUGGAGUGGCUGGAGUGUGAGAAGAGGAUCGAUAACUAUGUCGAUGAGCAGUUACUUUAUAAGGUUGAAGGACAGAACCACACGCAUCCAAAGAAGGAACCACACAAAUCAUUAGUAAGCAGAAAUCCGUUAAGAACAAAACAACAAAUUCUGAAAGAAGACUGGGAGUUCUUCAAACAAAGGAGAUUUGUCGAAGACCAGUCUACGAACAAUAGGAAGCCUCUUGCUGCAGACCAUUUCACUGACACUAUGAGACACCUCCUAUCCUCCAGACUGAGUAUUCCAGACUGCCUGAACUGCAACUACCGGAGGAGGUGCACCUGUGAUGACUGCAGCCUCUCGCACAUCCUGACCUGCGGGAUCAUGGACUCCUCCGUCACUGAGGGCCUUCACGGCCCCGCCCCUGCCCCAGACUUCCUGUCUGAGCUGCACCCCCCCAGCAUGUCCUCAGCCAGCUCAAACUCCAGCUCGGGCUCCCCCGUCCCAAUCCCACAGCACCCGCACCUCAUCCUCCCAGACAGAGGGGGUGCUCCCUGCUUCGGAGAAGUUGACCACGACGCCCUCCCGCUGUCCAAGUUUGCGGACAUCUACCCGCUGGGUAGCUACGGCGACGCAGAGAUGAUGUCGGAUAUGGACGGCAUCCGCGAGCAGCUGAACGGAGGGCAGGGAAGCACGGCGUUAAACGGGCAGUCUCCCAGGGUGAGCAGUAGCAGCGGCUCCUCAGAGGAAGAUGAGGAGGAUGAAGAGGAGGAGGAUGAGGUGGAUGGAGAGCGUAGCAGUGAGCCUCCUGGCCCACAGGGGGAUCUCUUUUCAGGGAAGAUCUGUAGCCCUCCCCCAUCUUACCCUGCCCAGCAGACCGAGCAGGUCCCACACGCGUGUGAGUGUCACGCCUGUAAGCAGGACACGUGUGUGGCGCCCCCCGCCCUCUCCGCCCCCCAGCAGUUCCUCCCGGAGAAGACCUCGCACCCCGCCCUGCACCUCUACCCCCACAUCCACGGCCACCUGCCCCUGCACAGCGUGGCACACCUGCCCCGGCCCCUGCUGCACCCCUCUCUCUACCCCGGCCACAACUUCCCCCACAGCAAGACCCUUCCGCCAGCUCCAACGCUAAACCAUGCAGGCAAGCCGCCGGCCUUCAGCCCGUCUCUGCAGGAGCACCUCUAUCAGAACUGUUUCAGCAACGCCGGAGACUGGAACAGCUCCCUCCACACCCCCUCGCUCAAGUUCGAGAACAUCUGGGAGACCACCAUGAAGAACUGGAACCCAGCUGUGUAUCUCCCGGAGCCCCGGCCAGGUACCAUGGCCAGGGUCAUUUCGCUUUUCGUCUUUCUUUCCUUCUCUUCGCUUUUUGUCUUACAUUCCUUUUUAUUUGGUCUGGAAGGUGACACACUGGGGCCGACUCUUCCGGAGGCCAGACUGGAACUCCAACCCCCAUCAUGCAACAGCGAGCCUAUUGUCGCCACGGAAACCAGGGAGCGGAAGAACUCCGCGAAGAAGAAGUGUCUCUAUAAUUUCCAAGAUGCCUUCAUGGAAGCCAACAGAGUGGUGAUGGCGACAUCGUCAGCUACCUCGUCCGUGUCCUGCACAGCCACCACUGUCCAGUCAAGUAAUAAUCAGAUCACAGUUUCACCUAAAAGACCCACUUUCCUAGGUGAUGUGUUUCACAGUGUGGAGGACCACAGGAGAAGUAGCCCCACCGGCCUCGCCCCGCUCCCUUCCCUCUCCAGCACCGCUCCGUUUCCGGCAUCUGCCCCUCACCUACCCAGUACCGACGCUCCGCCCUUCCCAAAGAACACCGCCACGGUGCCCAGCUUCAUGGACCCCCACCCAGGCCUCUGCCCCUCCCCCGCCGACCUCCUCGCCCUUCCCCCUGAGGGCGGGGUCAGUGCCCCGCCAAGCGUGUGCAGUGACCCCGAGUGUGAAGGUCACCGCUGUGAAGCCCAUGGCGGCUACGACCACCAGCAUUACGACGGCGAGGACAGUCAGGACGAGGACAGCUGCUCCGAACACAGCUCCAGCACCUCCACCUCCACCAAUCAGAAAGAGGGAAAAUACUGUGACUGUUGCUACUGUGAAUUCUUCGGGCACGGAGGGCCUCCCGCUGCUCCGACCAGCAGAAACUAUGCAGAGAUGCGUGAGAAACUGCGUCUGCGUCUCACCAAGCGCAAGGAGGAGCAGCCGAAGAGGGAUGACCCUCUCCUGGAGCGGGAGAGCUUGGAGGACCACCGGAAUGUGGAGGACCUCCUGCAGUUCAUCAACAGCGAGGACUCCAAGCGCACCAGCAGCUCCCGGGCAGCCAAGCGCGCCCGCCACAAACAGAAGAAGAUGGAGGAGAAGGCUCGCCAGGAGGCAGAGGCACGGGAGCGGGAGGAGGAGCAGCGGCGGAGGGAGGAGGAGGAAGAGGAGGCCCUGAGACGAGAGCUGCUCCGGCUACAGGAGCUCCAGCACCUCCGAAACGCCAAGAGGAAGAAGAAGGAGAAGGUCCGGGAGGUGCAGAGGGCAGAGCCCAUCACCCAGAGUCCCCGGCUCCUCAAAGAGUCCGCCCGCACCGCCCUGGAGAACCUGAAGAACAGCAAGGCCCACAUGGAGCGGUGCAUCUUGGGAGCAUGCGGGGAGGAGCAGGGGGGCACAGCGCUGCAGCGCCUGCUCGGGUUGGACAGCAGUGGAGAAACGCCCCCCUCCAGGGACCCCCCAGGCAAGAACAGGCCAAGGCAGCCGCCGGUGAAGAAGUCCGCAGAGGUCCUCAAAAUGGUGGAGCCCAGUCUGAAGACCAGUGGUGCUCAGACUCAGACGCCCGCUGGGGGUCCUGGCCCGGAGGAGGCGGGUGGCAGACUUGACGGGCAGAACCAGCUAACCCUGGUUCAGGAGGAAAAAGCGGUUUCAGAGCCGCAGCCGGAACCAGAACCGGUGCUGAUGGAUCCUCCGACACCGGCCGACAAAGCCCCCAGCUCAGGGUCCCCUCAGCCCAAGACCAAAACCAAAAAGAACAAGAAGAAAAAAGGAGAGAAGACCAACUCCAUUGAUGACGUGUUCCUACCCAAAGACAUCGACUUGGACAGCGAGGACAUGGAUGAAACUGAGCGGGAGGUGGAGUAUUUCAAAAGGUUCUGCUUGGACUCGGCCAGGCUGACCAGGCAACGGCUCUCCAUCAACUGGUCCAACUUUAGCUUGAAGAAAAGCACUUUCGCCGCCCACUGACGAUGCCAGACGUAUCUAGAUGCUGGCAGGAUGGACCGAAUCACCGUGAUGGCUGGCGACCCAGCCCUCCUGUGCCGAGAAACGGCUGUAUCCGGAGGGGUAGUAAAAUAGGCUAACGGCAUUUUUGUCACCAGAGGGGAUCCACGAAUCACGGAGUACAUUGCUAAUUCGAAGUGGAACAAAGCCAACAGUGAUUGGCGGAUAGUUUGCUUGACCGCGUUGAAGAGGCGUAGCUGGGAAUUAUCCUCCAAUCGCUGUUGACGUUGUUCUGUUUGCCGUUACCGACGUGCCCUGUGAUUGGCAGUCCCAGUCUGGCUUACAUGCCAAAGGUGGCAACAACCGCCUCCAGUUCCUGCUUUAUUAUCCCCGGCCUCCACGCCACUGCUGCCUCACCUCACCCCUGCUGCUGCUGCUGCUGCUCCGCUGCCUCCAGUGCUGCUGCAAACUUCCCCUUCCUCUCAAACGGAGCCGGGGGGAAGAAACAAAACCCAAUAACCACUUUUUACACAAGUCUGCUUGUGUGCUUUUAGUCUGCCUGGAACAUAUCUGUCACCGGUCACUUCCCCCUGCGGGGUGGCUCAUAACCACCAAUCCUUGUUUGCUUCGUCAUGGAACGCCAUGCCACUAGCCUUCUCCGUGCUGGACGGCACACUGAGAGCCCUGGGCACUGGCACCCCCUACAGGGCUUGAGAGAAUUGGGUUAGCUCCCAUGAAACCACACCGCACUUAUGUGGUACGGUUCCGGAGAUAUAGGGAUUGUAUCUACCUAUACGUGUCCAUCUAUGUGGACGGAUGUCUAUAACUACCUAUCAAUAGCUCUUGUACUUUUUUUUUUUUUUUUUUCUAGUUCACAUAGGGAAUUUGUUGAUUGCAUGGCAUGGCGAAAAUCCUGGCUUUUAACUUUGCCCCCCAAAAGUGUUGCCUCUAAUUGGCCGACUUGAUGAAACGAAGAGAGCUCCAAAUGCUUAAUCAGAAUAAUCAGAAAGGUCAGAAUAGCGCUUCUAUUCCGAAGGCCCAGUUUGUCGUCCACCACAAAGGCUACCGAGAAGUUUGCAACUCUUUAACACUGGUAGCUUUGGUCCCUGCAAUAUGGUCUAGGUAAAGAAAAAGUCUGUUAAGAAGCCUAGGUUUGUGAAAGACUUCUCCCAUCCUCAUAACUCUGUCACAUAUACAUCCUACAUUUCGCUCAGAGUAACGAAAAGGGAUUUUGCUUCAUCGACACUAUCCAGCAAGGAAGGCUAAUACUUGAUGAUGUUAUUUUUUAGUUCCAUUUAACAACCUGUUGUUAAAUUGUAAAAGUUAUGCAAUUUUUCUUCUUUUUUUAAUUUUAUUUUUUUAUUUGUAGCCAGCUUAUAUGAAAAAUGCGAAAUGAAAUGGGAAAAGAAAAAAAUGCUCAGAAUCGAUCUUGUUAUAGAGUGUGUGUAUACUGGAUUAACACUGAGGCCCGAUCCGGCUACUUUUUUAACAUAUUGUUAAGUAAUAUUAAAUCUUGUCUUUCUUUUUUGAAAGAUGGAAUACAGUCGUAUGGCAGGA